AUGAACUUUUCGCGUCUGCGGUUUGUCGCCGAGCGCGCCGAGAUCGGCGAGGGCCGCGAGGUCCUCAUGGCCUUCAAGGUGCCCGAGCGCCCUGGGUCGUUUGUCAAGCUGCACAACAUCCUCGUCCCCCGCGCAGUCACCGAGUUCAGCUACCGCUACAGCGAGCCCGAGCACGGCUGGAUCAUCUGUUCCUUCUACCUCGUCUCGAAAUCCGGUCCCGAAGGCGGCAUUUCUCCCAGCGACCGGCAGCGCGAAAUCAGCGAGAUCGUGUCACAGCUGAAAGACCUGGGCAUAGACAGUCUGGACCUGAGCGAGAACGAGUUUGCCAAGUCCCACAUUCGCCAUCUCGUCGGCGGCCGCAGCCGUGUCGACAACGAGAGGAUAUUCCGGUUCGAGUUUCCCGAACGCCCCGGCGCGCUCUCGCGCUUCCUCGGCUCGCUCACGCCCGGCUGGAACAUCUCCCUGUUCCAUUACAGGAACCACGGCGCUGAUGUCGGCAAGGUGCUCGUUGGGCUGCAGCCGCCGCCGAAUGGCGACGCGGACCACAGCCAGCUCGACGCGUUCCUCGAGGAACUCGGGUACCCUGUCGUCGAGGAGACGAAUAAUGGCGCGUACAAGAUGUUCUUGUGUGCCUAA